AUGAAGAUCAUGUGGAAUCUUUUGUGGACAGUGCUGUUGCACACCACAUUGGUGACUUCUUUCCUUGUUGGCAAUCAAGGCUGGAUAUCACCUCAUUUCAAUCCACCUUUUGAUUCUCCCACCUCCCAGCUCGCCAGAUCAUCGAUUGGUGCCAUCACUAAGCUGAACUUCCAGUCUUCAGACUCAGAAAAUCCUCCCAUUGAGUUGGACGGCAGGCACACAGAGACUGUCCAAAAGAUCCUCCAGGCAUAUGCCAAUGGCCACCGCCGGGCCAAUAUUAUUCUCACCAUGGGAUUCGGCAAGACAAUCUCGGCACUGCAGGUCCUACAACAAAUGGCGUUGGCAAAUGAUAAUAGGAACCAAUCAAUCCCAGCACUCCCACAAGCAAAAAUCGCAAUCUAUGUGACAUCAAAACUCAAGCUUGUAGACCAAACUCUUGAUAUGCUGGAAGGCUCCCAAGUGCUUUCAAAUGUGCCUCACAAAAGCAUGAUUGUUGCCAGUGAUACAGACACGCCAGUGCCACAUUCAACCUGUCCAGAACGAAUUGCUUCCUUUCUACUGGAGCCUCAUGACGAAGCCAGCAAUAGCAGCCUUCACUUUCUGGUCUCUACUACCAAUUCUCUUCCGAGAAUUGCCGAGGCUCUGAAUUUGAUCAAUAAGAACAGGACCAUUCCCAUCCGUAUCGGGCUUGGUAUCUUUGAUGAGGCACAUCGCAUGGCCGGAAAAUCACAGUUCAAUGGCUUUGGGUUGCAAGACCAUGAACUACCCAUUGACUUCAGACUGUUCAAAACAGCAACUCCUCGAAAUUUCUCGCCCAAUGUGACACAGAAGACAGUGGUUGCCUCCAAAAUUGACAAAAGAAAUGGCGUGCAAACUCUAAUUACUACCAAUCAGGAUGUCAUACUCCAAGAAGGAGUCCGCAGCUUCAACAAUCAAUCCUUGUUUGGACAGACAGUGGAGAAGAAGACUCGCAGGGAAGCAGAACAAAUGAACAUCACCGUACCAUUGAAACUCUUUGUGGUAUCCAAACAGGAACUAUUGUCAGUGUUUCCUUCAUUGCUCCAUGACGACAACCAGCUGAGAGAUGAGUCAAUUCCAGCACUGCUCCCCUUCAUACUGAAAGCAGCCAUGGAAAAGUGCAAUGCAUCCCAUGCAGUUUCAUUCCACAGCAGGAAUGCUAGGGCAAAGCAGUUCAUUGUAGAUGCCGGGGAGGUACUGGAUCAGGAUGUGUUUGCAGCUGACAUCAAUGGCAACAUGAAACGUACAAUGCAAGAAAGCAUUUUGAAAAAAGCCAAGGAAGCUCCCAAGUCAGUUGUAGCAAACUGUGAAUUGUUGACAGAGGGAGUUAAUGAAGCUAUCUGGGACAUGGUCUUCUUGUCUGAUCAUAUAAAGAGCCCAGAGAAGAUAUUGCAAGCAGUUGGAAGGGUAACCCGUCCUGCACCAAACAAGCAAUGCGGAUAUGUAUUGCUUCCUGUGAUCUAUGAUGAGUCCCAGGGUGACUUUCUCUUUGGCAAUGAAGACACCUGUGGUAGUCAGAUGCUUGCAAGAACACUAAUGGCAUUGUCUGAGGAUGACCCUGAAUUUUGGAAGGGUGUUGUCUACAUUGCUGGGGAAGCAAGACAAGGGAGGCCGGUUGAUCCUUCUGAAUACCCCCAAAGACUCAAAGACGUGUUUGACGGUCUAGGAUCAAUCGGAGGGGAGACCCAACAAGAGAUCUUGAAACAACUGAUCAUAGAAGUCUCAGGGAAUCAUACCAAAGCCUUGGAGUGGAACACCAUGUUUGAGAGAGUUGUUGCCUUUAGAAGGGACCACCCAGGGCAGAUGCUUCCCGUAGAAGAACAGAAAUGGUUGACCCUUCAAAGGAAGCUGAAGAAAUCUGGCGGCUUGAGUAUGGACCGGAUUCAUCAAAUGGCAGAAGCUGGCAUCAAGUGGUCUCACUAUGAAGAGAUUUGGGAUUGGAACUACAAUUUGCUGUGUCAGUAUGUAGAACGGGAAGGUCACUGUGAUGUACGCAGGAAUCACAUUAAAGGAGAGUUGAAGUUGGGGAGGUGGGUUAGUGAUCAGCGGCAAGCAAGAAACAAGGAUAAACUAGAUGAAUGGAAGGUGGAGAAACUAGACCAAAUUGGAUUUGUGUGGGAUCUCCUCAAAGAAAGUUGGAACACAUUCUUCCAAGCAUUGCUUUCCUUCCAAGCUCGUGAAGGUCACUGUGAUGUACCCUCGAGGCAUGUAGAAGGAGAGUUGAAGUUGGGGAAUUGGGUUAACAAGCAGCGGCAAGCAAGAAACAAGGAUAAACUAGAUGAAUGGAAGGUGGAGAAACUGGACCAGAUUGGGUUCAUUUGGGAAGCCCUUGAAGAAAGUUGGAACACAUUCUUCCAAGCGUUGCUAUCCUUCCAGGCCCGAGAAGGUCACUCUGUUGCGCCCCAGAAUCACACUGAAGGAGGCGUGAAGCUGGGUGCAUGGGUGAACAAACAGCGGAUGGCAAGAAAGAAGGACAAGCUGGAUGCAAGCAAGGUGCUGAAACUGGAACAGCUUGGUUUCAUUUGGAAUGUACGUGAUUGGAGGUGGGAACAGAAUUUCAAUUUAUGCAAGGAGUAUGUUGCUGAAACUGGAGAGACGCAGGUGCCACGAUCCUAUGAAAGAGAUGAUGGUGUCAAGCUUGGGCUUUGGUAUCGCUCACAAAUAAUCCUACACAAGAAGGGAAAGUUGGAUGGCUCUAGACGUCAGCGAAUGGAAGACCUUUGGGAGUUUAGUGAAUAA